AUGUUUUGGGCCAACGAGUUGACAAGGUUGAACUACGCAGAGUUUGGUUAUGUUAUGUCAUUUGAUGCGACAUAUCGUUUCAACAAGUAUAACAUGGUUCAUGGUUGUCAACCGACCCUUGUUUUGACUGAUCAAGAUGCUUCCAUUAAGGAARCAAUCCCUGUUGUGUUUCCUGAUGCUAGACAUCGCCUAUGUAUGUGGCAUAUCAUGAAGAAGCUACAUGCCAAGGUAGGUUCUGAUAUCAUUUUGAAUACAAACUUCAGAAAAUGGUUAUUGAAAUUAGUAUGGAGUGUACAUCUUGAACCUGAAGAAUUUGAGGUUAAAUGGGCGUCUUUGUUGAAUGAGUUUGACCUUAAUAAUCACCCAUCGCUUGAUGACGUAUUUGAAAUGCGAACCAGUUGGAUUUCUUCCUACUUUAGGGAGAUACCUUUAUGUUGUUUAAUGAAAACCACCUCCAGAUCUGAGAGCACCAACUCGUUUUUUCGAAAAUUUGGUAAGCAUUCUAAUAUUUUGUUAGARUUCAUUUUGUCUCAUGAUAUUGCGAUAGACAAACAGAGGAAUAGGCAGCGCAAUGAAGAUCAUAAGACGGAUACCACCACACCGACCUUCAAGACAAAUACGUUGAUCGAGUAUCAUSCGGCAAAAGUGUAUACUCRUGCUAUUUUCUUCAAGGUCCAAAAGGAKAUCUUCAAGGGUUAUAGAUGUUGUUCCCAAUGGCAAGUUAAUUCUGAAAUGGGUUUCACAGUUUAUACAAUAAGGGAGAGGAAAAAACAUUGUUCCACUAAGCUUGAGUUUAAGGUUGCUCAAUCGCAUUCAGAUGACUCAAUAUAUUGUGAUUGCCGCCAUUUUGAGUACUACGGAACCUUAUGUCGGCAUGUGUUCACUGUCUUGUUCAACCUUGAUUUCGAUGAAAUUCCGCAACAAUAUAUUCUUAAGCGUUGGAUGAGGGGGGUUAUUCAUGUUGAUGUGUUGCGUAGUCGACAUAUAUCAAUUGGAAGCGAUAGUGUGGACAAAUUAUCCAAUGACGUGUAUCUUGAGGUUGGUCAAUGUUUAAUGAAUUUUAAAGGUGACGAGGAUAAGAUAACUGCCUUUCUUGACAAUAUCCGUUCGUGGAAGUCAAAUAUGCUAAUCAGUGUAUCUGAGAAACUUAAUUUUACCAACAAAGAUGAUGUGAUUCAGUCAUUGGUAGGUGUUCCUCAGCCGGAGAAAAUUGAUAUUCUUCCUCCUCAAGGCAUUCGUAACAAAGGUUGUGGCACUAGUAAGCGUUUGAUUGGGGCGGGAUAG